UGAAAUUCCAUUCACGCCCUAAAAGGUUUCAUUUACACACUUUCACACCCUAUACUCACUCAUUUACUCACUACACUCUUUUUUAUUUUAUUUCAUUUCAUCUUCUCUUAUUAACCAAACACACACACUGUCCUCUCACCAUUACUCAUUCUGACACCCCCUGCUUUUGCUAACCAACAAACUUGACCUAAUGAAAGAGUUAACAGUUGAAGCUGAAGGUGGUGUCCAUGGACAUGGACAAGCUGCCACAGAGAUUGGUAAAGGAGGUGGAACAACUGACUUACACAACAGAGCUGUCAAAAUAUUGAGAGCUAGAGAAGCUUAUAAUGGUUAUGAAGAAGUUGGAGAAAAACCCUCUAGAUUUGAAGUUUUGGGUUGGUACCUUUAUGAGUUUUGCUUCUACUUUGUUCAAACUGUACUUGUUCCUGUUGUUUUCCCUCUCAUUAUAAGUCAGCUUCAGAAUCUACCUACUCAAUCACUUCAGGAAUGGAACAAGACUCAUCCUGGCUCUCAUUGCUCUCAAAAGGAAUUUCAUUUGUAUAGCAAACUCACUGGCCACACCAUAAGUUCAAAAUUUUCAGCAUUGGAAUGGACAUCAAUUGCUUGGGCAACAGGUCUAGCCAUAGCUGCACCAAUUCUUGGCUUCCUUUCCUUCCACCUUGAUGGAAAUUUCCCAAAACUCAUAACAGUAGCAGCAACAGGUGUAGGAGUUUUCUUCUGUCUCCCAGCAGGUUUCUUCAAAGUCACUGCCAUUUUCAUUCCCUACAUCGCCGGCAUAAUUGCAGCCAGCACAGUCGCCAAUGCUGCUCACACACAACAUCUCGGCCUUAUGAUUCGCGCCUUCACCGGAACAUCUCUUAAGAAAACACAGUUUUUCAUUCGACAGGGUGUAUCUGCGCGUCUUUCGCUUCAUGCUACUGCUGCUGGUUGUUUCGGUGCUGCAUUGAUUUCGGCUUUUACUUACCAUAUGAUACAUGAACUCGACGAAAAUAAAAGUGAUAUUAUGAGUCUUUGGGUUGUUUCGAUCUUCAGUGGACUAAUUUGGCUUGUCGGGAUUUUGCAUUUAGCUACAGCUACGAGUAGAACGACUGAUUCAAUCUCCUUUUCUUCAAGGCUACACCCUUUUUCGAUCUUCAAAUAUCCUCAUGCUAUUGGUGGACUAGCCGGUGUUUUCCUUUCGUCGUUUACAACGAUGGCAAUUUUCAUGGGGGGUGUGAUUUUCAUUGUUGGUCAGCUUUGCAUUAGGCCAUUGCACUUGCUUUUGUUCUGGUUAACCUAUUUCCUUUUCCCACUCGUUUCGUUGUCGCUUCUUCAACCUUUGCUGCACUUGAUUAAGAUGAACUCAGUGAAAAUGCAGAUUGUUGGGUUCAUUUUAUCACUUAUGUCAUCCGGGUUUGGAUUCUAUUACGGGCACAGUCACUGGAAAUGGGGGCACUUGGUUGUUUUCGGCGCGAUUCAGAGCACAGCAACUGGUAUUUUGCACGCUUUUGGUAGGGUUUUGUUGUUGGAUUGUGCUCCAUCAGGGAAAGAAGGUGCUUUUUCAAUAUGGUAUGCUUGGAUGAGAGCUGCAGGGUUGUGUGUCGGGUUUACAGUUGGUUCGGUUGCACCCGGGCGGAUUAGGACAUCGUUCGGAGUCGCUUUUUGCACUGCUAUUGCCGGAAUUGUCGUGUUGCUUUUCGGAAAUAUAAGUGAUGCUGGUGGUGCUGUUGCUGCAGGAAAUGUGAGUGACGAUAGUGAGAGAAGUUCUGCUGUUGUUCCUGGUUUAGAUUCCAAAGAAGCGGCACGAGUUUGAAUUUAACUGCAUUAAUAAGAAAAAAAAACUAAUGAAUGAAUGGAUGAAUGGUGGUGCAUGGUACAUUGUCUAUGCGUUAUAUAAUUCUUUGCAAAUGAGAUGUUAAUGCAUGCAAUGCAACAGUAAAAAAGAAGGGGGAUUUUAUUUUAUUGUAUGAUUGAUUUUAGUUUAGGUGUAUUAAUUCAUGUGGUUACUGUUGUUGCAGCGUGCUUUAUGUUUUUUUUUCUUUCUAUUUUGAUUGUUAGUCUCUGUUGAGGAUUUGGAUUCUGACAUGUGUAACUGUGUUAUAGUAUUUUGUCAUAUUUGUUUCUCAUAAACAUCUUUUUGUUGCUAUGAAUGGAAUGACUUGAUCUGAUUUAUAUAUGGUUAAA